CAGCCGGGGAAGCAUUUUUCUGAGCAAGCGGUAAAAUUUUACAUAGCAGAGUCACUGCUAGCUUUGGAAUACCUGCACAUGCUGGGGAUUGUGUAUCGAGAUCUUAAACCUGAAAACGUUCUAGUCCGGGAAGACGGACACAUAAUGCUCUCUGAUUUUGACCUCUCACUCCGCUGUCUUGUCAGCCCAACUCUAGUGAAAUCUGCCGCCAUCGAGUCAGACCCAUUACGAAAAAACGUUUACUGUGUGCAACCUGCUUGCAUAGAGCCAUCCUGCAUCCAACCGUCUUGCACCGUCCCCACCACUUGCUUCUCCCCACGUUUGUUCUCAAGCAAAUCUAAAAAGGACCGUAAACCCAAGAAUGACACCGCAAAUCAAGUUAGGCCAUUGCCAGAGCUGGUAGCCGAGCCAACCGAUGCACGUUCCAUGUCAUUUGUGGGCACGCAUGAGUACUUGGCCCCGGAGAUCAUCAAAGGUGAAGGCCAUGGGAGUGCAGUUGAUUGGUGGACUUUUGGGAUUUUCCUGUACGAGCUUCUCUUCGGGAGAACGCCUUUCAAGGGAUCAGGAAACCGACAGACACUGUUCAAUGUGGUGGGUCAGCCUCUGCGGUUCCCAGAAACACCUGUGGUGAGUUUUGCAGCGAGAGACCUCAUCCGGGGCCUGCUCAUGAAGGAGCCGCAGCAGCGGCUGGGGUUCAAACGGGGAGCCACUGAGGUUAAGCAGCACCCAUUCUUUGAAGGUGUCAACUGGGCUUUGAUUCGGUGUGCAACUCCACCGGAAAUCCCAAAGCCUGUUGAGCUGGAAAAGGAACCUGCAAGUGUUGCAGAGGCACCAUCAAGCCAGAAGACAGCAGCCGGUUUGGUUCUGAAUGCUCAGAAAGGGUCUGAUAACUAUUUGGAAUUUGAUUUCUUCUAGUGUUCCAUUUAGACAUAUGGUACUCUAUUCUUCUUAAAAGACCAUGUGGUAAAAUGAUCCAAGUGUUGUUUCGAUCUUUAUAGAUUGCCAUGAAUUGUAUGCUUGUUUCCUGUAUGCAUAAGCUGCUGUAGUUUAUAAAAAUGUUGUAACUGUUUCUGUUAACCUUAUUAGUUUUUAUCAGAGAUCCUUUUUA